UGCACCUCGGCCGCUUCCCGCUUGGCGAGGGGAGUAUUUUCCGUUGCCCUGACAACCAGGCCCCAGCCCGCGUCCGGCGCUCGUCUGGGAGGCCCCGCCUCCUGACCGGGUCAGCUGAUUGCUAAGAAGCCUUGCGGGAGGGGCGUGGCUUAGCAGGCCCGGAGGAGCGCAGCCGUGGCGGCUCGGAACCUCGCCGGUCGCCCUCAGGGCCCGACUACCAGUUCCGUGACUGCCGCUUCGACCGGUCAUGGAUUGCGACGGCUACCACGCAUGCUUGGAUGGGAUAGACUAUGAUGAUUUCCAGUUUGGCUCUCAUCUGAUUGAGCAGAAGGACCUGCUCAUGGAGACAGCUGAAGGCCCAUUCCUCACUAUAAUUGAACAGCCAAAGCAGCGAGGUUUCCGUUUCCGAUAUGGCUGUGAAGGUCCGUCGCAUGGUGGGCUGCCUGGAGCAUCUAGUGAGAAGGGACACAAGACUUACCCCACAGUUAAGAUCUCUAAUUAUGCUGGGCUGGCUAGGAUAGAAGUGGACCUGGUGACUCACACAGACCCUCCACAGGUGCAUGCCCACAGCCUUGUGGGAAAGCAGUGCAAUGAAGCUGGCAAUUGCAUCGUGACAGUGGGCCCAAAGGAUAUGACUGCACAAUUUAAUAACCUGGGUGUGCUCCAUGUGACCAAGAAAAAUAUGAUGGAAGUAAUCAAGGACAAACUGAAGAAGCAGAAGAUGCGAAACAGACUCCAGUCUUUGACAGAAUCUGAACAAGAGGAGAUUGAACAAGAGGCAAAAGAGCUGAAGAAAACAAUGGACCUCAGCAUUGUCCGCUUGCGCUUCAGUGCCUACCUUCGAGACAGCAGUGGAAACUUCACUCUAGCCUUGAAGCCUGUUAUCUCAGACCCUAUUCAUGAUAGCAAGUCUCCUGGAGCUUCAAACCUGAAAAUCUCUCGGAUGGAUAAAACAGCGGGCUCAGUGCGAGGCGGGGAUGAAGUGUACCUGCUGUGUGAUAAAGUCCAGAAAGAUGAUAUUGAAGUGCGGUUUUAUGAAGAUGAUGAGAAUGGCUGGCAGGCCUUUGGGGACUUCUCCCCUACAGACGUGCACAAACAGUAUGCCAUUGUGUUCCGCACACCGCCCUACCACAAGGCCAAGAUAGACCGUCCAGUCACUGUGUUUCUUCAGCUGAAGCGCAAGCGAGGGGGUGACGUGAGUGACUCCAAGCAGUUUACCUACUACCCGGUGGUGGAAGAUAAGGAGGAAGUGGAAAGGAAGCGGAAGAAGACCUUGCCCCAGUUCCCUCAGCACUUUGGGGGUGGCGCGCCCAUGGGAGGUGCUGGUGGUGGAACAGGUGGAUUUGGUGCUGGCGGAGCUGGGAAUCCCUGGCACUCAUCAGGAUACAGUCCUUGCAGCAACAGCAGCAUCUACCUGUCUGGCACCUAUCCUGUAGGCAGCUACCAAGGAGGAAGAGGCAUACAGAUGCCUAGGUCUGCCAGACCAGAGGAGGGUGAGCAGCAGUCCUUAGAAGCUGAGAGCCAGACCUUCAUGGCGGAAAAGCACUAUCUUGAACUACUGCAGCAUGCUCAGGAGUGUAGCUCAUGGAUGCUAAUGCUAGCUCGGCGCAGUGCUCAGGCGCUUCUGGACUAUGCCGUUACUGCGGAUCCACGUAUGCUGUUGGCUGUGCAGAGACACCUAGCAGCCUCUCAGGAUGAGAACGGAGACACGCCUUUGCAUUUGGCUGUCAUCCAUGAGCAGGCAGCUGUGAUUGCACAGCUGGUCCAGGUGGCAGUUAGCAUACCCAAUCAACAGAUUCUCAAUAUUGCCAAUUACUUGCAGCAGACCCCAUUGCAUUUGGCUGUGAUCACCUGUCAGCCCAGGGUGGCUGGUUUCUUGCUGCAGGCUGGUGCAGACCCUACUCUGCUGGAUCGCUAUGGCAACUCAGUAGUGCAUCUGGCACUGCAGUUGGGUGAUGAGGAGAUGCUGAAGACUCUCCUUUGUCACCUUGGCCCCCACACCCUCCACCUCCUUGAGACACCUAAUUAUCAUGGCCUUUUCCCUGUGCACCUUGCUGUGAAGUGCAAGAGCCCAGUCUGUCUUGAACUGCUGGUUGAGAAGGGAGCAGAUGUGAACGCACCUGAGCGGCAGAGCGGCCGGACACCUUUGCAUCUUGCCGUGGAGAUGGAGAAUCUUAACCUGGCCACGUACUUGUUGAAGAAGCUGGGAGCUGAUGUGAAUGCUCAGACAUCUGCUGGGAAUACACCUCUCCACUUGGCAGCAGGGAUGGGUUCCCCAAUUCUUACCAAGAUGCUAAUCAAAUCAGGGGCAGAUAUUCUGUGUGAGAAUGAUGAGCCUGUCUUGGCUCCCUCGCCCAUCCCAAGCAGUGAUACUGAGCUGGAGCAGGAAGAGGAGGAGUGGCUCAUGGAGCUCGGAGAGGCGUCCUCAGAUGCCCUGGCUGAGCAAGAUGCGGACUGCAUUGGUGAGCUGAAGGGCAAGCAGCCUGGCACAUGUGAGCCAAAGCAGCGCCGGGGGCACACACCAAUUGACUUGACUUCUAGCCAAAAGGUGCAGGAGAUACUGCUGCAAGCCUCGCUGCAGGGCCCGGAAGGGGAGCAACCUUCAGCUGCUCCAGCUUCUAGGCAAGGGAGUGUCCUGUCUCUAAAUAACGACACGCUCCAGAGUCUGGAGCAGCUCCUGAACCAGGACUGCCAAGGGGCAGACUGGGCAGAAUUGGCCAAGAGACUGGGUCUCUGCAGUCUAGUGGAGACUUACAAAGGCACAGAGUCUCCCAGUAGGAGACUCCUGGUGAGCUAUGAGCUUGCUGGUGGCAGCCUAAGGGGACUGCUGGAAGCCCUUGACUCUAUGGGACUGACAGAGGGAGUGAGGCUACUGCAGAGACCAGAGACUUUUGUCAAGCUGCACAGUACAGAGCUAAAGGAAGACAGUGCUUAUGGGAGUCAGUCAGUGGAAGAAGAGCCAGCAGUCCUGCCUGAGAAGCUUCAACCCACCUCCUCGCUGGAGCCGCCACCUUCUCUCUUGCCUCACGGCCAGCAGGAGCAAGUGCACUGAUCCUAGAGGAGGAGGUGGAGCCUGACUUGACUGUAGGGAGGAGGGUACUUCCAGCACAUGCGUCUUGGAUCCAGGGCUCCAGCGUCAGUAGCUGGGGAUGCUGUCCAGAGCCUGCCACAGCUCUGAUUGCAAUGGUUGGUCUGUCAAAGGUGGGACUCUGCUUCUGUUAUUUCAGCCUGUCUUGUAGUCACCAGACCUGGCCCAAACAUUGGGGAAGUGCUAUGUGAUUGCUUUUGUUCGGCUGUCUUUUGUCAGGCUCUGGCCCAAGCCUGAUCAGGACCAGGCUCGUCUCUUCUUGUGACACUGUGCUCCCCUACAUCAGCCACAUUUUCGGUGAUGGUUAGAAUUUGUUGGGCAAUGGAUGCUAUUUUCUUAUGAGCUUCUGCAACUCCUCCCCCCCAAAAAAAAAUCUGUCUCCUUUUUGUAAGUCCUAUUGAUUCAUGUGCCUUCUACUUGAGAACUGAUGGCUCCUUGUCUUGUGGAACUAAGCUUUUCAACUGCAGCUUGGCAAAAUGUGUUUGGACUAAAGAAACGCAAAGUCCCAAGAAACACCUAUAUGAAGUAGGGCAGCUUCAUGAAGUAGGGCAACAGCCCUUUCAGAGCCUUUUGAACAGGUCCAUUGCUUAGUCCUGUUAUCCAGUUUGGAUUUGAGUAAACCCUGAUAUAAUGGAUCAUCUUGGCUAUUCCCUUAAAUGCAAUUUUAAUAGCCUAGCAACAGAUGUCCAAUCUGCACAUUACUUACAAGUGAUGAAAGGUACCUUUCUGAGAAUGGUGCUACUGUCAGUAGGCAGCCUCCAUAAAUGAAGAGAGAUGGCCUGAGCAUUGGUCACUGCAGACAGUUGCGUUCCCUGUUCAGAGGUAUCUUUUGUUACUCUGUCUGUGAGACGGGGAAAGCUUUUAAUGUGUGCGCCUAGUAGUCCCAGUGAUGGUAAAUUUCCCAUUGAGGAACAGAGCUUGUACCAACUCUUGCUCACAAUUUCUAAAUGGUUGUUGAGCAGCUAAAGCUUUGAGGUAAUCAUUUUCAGUUGUGAAUCCAUGCUGGUGUAUUGCCAGGAGUCGUCUAAGCUGAAACAUCCAGCCUUUACUCAAAAAACUCCCAAUUUUGUGAUGGAAAUAAAUGAUGUAAAUUUGCAUGUA